AUGGAUUCUCCAGGAGGUUUAAGAAAAGGCUCGUGGACAGAAGCAGAAGACAAUCUUCUUCGAAAAUGUAUAGAAAAAUAUGGCGAAGGAAAAUGGCAUCAAGUUCCUAUUAGAGCAGGUAUAAAUCGAUGCCGUAAAAGUUGUAGACUUCGUUGGUUGAAUUAUCUGCGGCCUUGUAUCAAACGAGGACAGUUUGAACCGGAUGAAGUAGAUCUUAUUGGCAGAAUGCACAAGCUCUUAGGCAACAGAUGGAUAAUGAUUGCUGGUAGACUCCCGGGAAGAACCGCAAAUGAUGUCAAGAACUUCUGGAACACUCACUUCAAUAACAAAAGACAUAUUUCAUCAGAUCAAAUUAGGGGAGUUGGCGGUACCAGAAUUCGCACCUUGGGAAAAGCUAGUAGUACUGCUACUAUAGUCAUAAAACCUCAAGCAAUAAACUUUUCAAGAAAUUCUUCAUGGAUGAGCAGGAAGAUUAACAUGGAGCAGCAGAUUGUUCAAAAACGACAUCAUUCAGCUAUAGAUUGUUCUGGUAAGGUAUUAGUACUACCAUCAAUUGAGUACUCCUUCGGAGACGAAGCCGGUUCGUGGUGCGAAAAUAAUAUUAUGGACUCUUUCACUAAUGGGUCUUCUUUGUUUACCAAAUUUUGUGUUAACGAUGGAGAUGAUAUUAAUCAAACUAUGGUACCAGCUGCUAUCAUUGAUGAAGGAGAAGACAAGAUCAAUAAUAAUACUGUUGGUGAGGGGAAAAGUACUACUUGUACAACUGCUGGUAGUAGUACUGCUGGUACUGUGGAUACUUUCGAUGAUGAUUUCUUUUUGGAAGAACGCAUUUGGGGUUUGUUGGGCCCUAACUGUAAUUUUUUUCGAUUGAAAAUCAAGCCAAGCUUUCACGUUUCUCCUAGCUGGAACCCAUCGCCGAUUUAUCAGAGAACUAAGGUUUCCGGGAAUAGAAACGCAUUUUCUUCUCUCAGUAUUCACAAGCGUAUUUCAUUGGAAGAAUAAACUACCUAUUUAUAGUAAAAAAAAAUGAAAUUACAAUAAUCGGAUUCAAGAGGGAACUGGGAAAAAAAAGGAAGAAUUUUCAUUAUCGACAAAAAAAAAAAAAAAAAAAAAAAAAAA